UGUACUAUAAGUUGUAAGUUGUAUGCAACAAAAUGUAACGCAAUGUUUGUUUGUUUGUGAUUGGAACAGUGUGUUUUGAAUAGUGUUAAUUUGGUGAUUGUGACGAUCUGAUUAAACAGUUCUGUGUCUCAUUUUCAAAAUGAGUGAUGAUGAAAGCGAUUUAUGUAACGAUUUUAAUUUUCAGAAUGCCACAACGAUAAGCGCUAAGGGUCCAAAUACCAAUAUAACUAAUUUGAGUUUUCGACCAUAUCGACACGCAAUGUCAUCGACAAUGUUUGGGCGGCAGAGGUAUGCAGAGUCUUCCUACGACCAAAGGAGUAUGUAUUAUAGAAGAGAAACUUCGCCGAUGUCGGUACACAGUGCUCGUGACGAGCGACCACGGAACUUUCAACGAUAUUAUUCUGGCAUGAGCUCUCACAGAUCAGUGUAUAAUGGAAGGAGUGGAUCACCAAUGUCUAUGAGGAGUAUAGAUUCAUCAGCAAGUGUUAGUGCUGCAGACAUUGCUUUUGCUUUCAAAAAUGUAGACUUCAAUAAAUAUCAAUUACGAAUAAUAAAGGAUGCAUAUCAAAAGUUUAUAAAACAAAAGGUUCGUAGAAGAAUAGAAAGGAGAAGAAAUAUGAGACUUUUCCUCAAAGGCAAAAGACGGGGAUCAGGUUAUGACUCAGGAGAGCAAGGAAGUAGUUCCUCCAUUAGCAGUGACGAUAACAGAUCCGUAGUAACAUCCUAUAAAGAAAACAUGUCUAGCAAUAGAUUAGCCAGGAUUGAUUUUAAAGGUUUCAAAGAUUGCAAUAUGGUUAAAGAUUGCUCAGAACAAUUCAGGCAAAAUUCAUUCAGAAACAAGUUUUCAUUCGGUUCUAACAUCAAUCAACCAUUCAAUAUCAGUACUGCUUCAAAGCAGAUUAUACCAAGUCAGAAAGAUAGAUUCAGUCAACGAAAUGGUUUUUUGCUGCCAUCUCAAAGAUUUAACCAAUCCAUUGCUUCAUCUGCCAUAAUAGAAAAUACUGGAAAGCCUCCAAGAAUUCAAAAUAAUAAUAUGAAGAAUGUGAAAAAUCAUGAUUCCCAAAAUAUGAAUGAUAAUUGUCCAAGUGCUAGUGAAAAUGAAGAAAUAUUCUCAGAAAUCACAGUCAGAGAGAAAAGCACUUACGAUGUUCAAUCUCAAGGCAAGCGAAGCCUAGACAGUGAUGAUGAUAUUGCUCUUCCUAAAAACAAGAAAAGCAGGGUAGCAUCCCCAGUAAAAAAUGCAGCAAAUACCAAAAAAGCUCCUUUAAAACCAAGUAUUGCACCAUGCCAAGAGAAUGUUGAAAUGUCAAAUAGUUUUCAAUUUGCCAAGCCCAUGUUACCAGUAAGGAAAUCUAGGCCAAAGGUUCAAGAAAAGCUGAUUGCCAAAUCACACUCAACUCCUUUGCAACCGCUUAAUGAUUUUGUUGAACCUAUUCCACAAACCCAAAAUAAUUUACCAAGUCCUCAACCAGCCAAGGUACAAGAAAAACCCAGUGAAACUGUUGCCAAAUUGGAUCAAACAGAAACAUCACAGAUUAGCGAUGUUUCUUCACGACCAAGCUUUAUCAAAAGAAAGUUGUACACGCAAAAAAUGGAUGUUGCAGAGAAAGCAAACCUGAGCUACGAUAGUGCAACAAACAGUCCACAAUCUAGUGUUUAUUCAUUACAAAAGGAGAAGAAUAAAGCAAGAAAGUUGGUAACAAACCAGUCAUGUUUGAAUAGAGAAGUCCAAGAUGAGAACAAUCUAUUAGACUUGAUCCAUAAAAUAGUGCCUCCUGACCAAAUAAACAUUACAAACCAAACCACUUUGAACCAGACUAGAAUACCUGAUGUAAAUACAGUUAGUAAAAAGGAUAAGGAUGAAAAAUGGGAUGUAACAUCUGUUAUAUCAAUGUGUAAUGAUGAUGAUGUAAGUGAUACAUUCACUGAUGAAGAAAUAUUUAAAGCUGAUGACAGACCAGAUGGUCAGAAAAACAAAAACACAAAUAUUAAAGCUGAGGAAAAAAGCACGGACAAACAAGUAAACAGUGAUAGAGUACUUAAAGAGUGCAAAAUAGUGUUGGAGAAGGUUCAGGAGAAUAAUGCAUUGCAGAAGCAUGUUGUUACAAAGAACUUCAACCAUAUGCAUAACAAUGUCUCCAAACCAAUCAUGAAGAGUGCAGCCCAAAAAUUUUGGGAAUUGGACACAGAUAGUGAAGCAGAAUGUCAGACAACAUUCCAGCCGAGCAACCAAUUCAGUAAUUUGAAAACUGCAAUUGCCACAUUCAACACUACAAAGCAAGAUUGUAUCAGUUCUAAAGGUCAUAACAAAAAUGAAAUCUCCAAGAAAUCGCAAAGUGUUCCAGAAGUUCAAGAACAUUUAAACAUGACAUCUAUGAACAACACAGUUAUGAGCAAUCCUAUCGACAAUAUGCGUAAGUUUAAUGUCAGUGUGAGAUCACAUCGCACAUGUAAGAAGAAGAAAUCCACCCAUAACAUAACAUUGACGAAUGAAAUAAACUCAAAUUUGGACUAUCUAAAAAAGUUUUCAAGGGAGAAGAAAGACUCCAAAAAAGUGGAAGAAAAAAUAGAAAAUGUUGAUCCAAAACAUAAAACUCCAAAAAAAUCUUCUACACACGCGCCUAAACCAAAGUUAAAUAAACAAACCAGCAAAGAAAAGCCUGCUACUCAAAACAAAAAGAGUCCUCAAGAAAAUAACAAAACAGCUAACAAAGAUAAAAAGGUAACAACAGAACCAAAUUCAACUAAAGAUAGCAAAUUAAAAUCAAAAUCAGAGACUGAUAAAACUAGUAGUUCAGAUAAAAAUAAAAAAUUAAAGCAAGUUGAGAGUGCACCUAAUAUAAAAGUGACUCCUAAAGUAAGUCCUAAGAAGAAACCUAAAUCUAAAAACGAAAGACAAAAAAAUAAAAAUACUGAGUCACAAUCCACUAAAUCAAAGCCUAGCAAUACCAUAGAAACUAAAAUUAACUCUACUGUUAGGAACACUCGGCCUAUACGGUCGUGUCGGACACCCAGCCAGAGCAGAUCCAUAGAAUUAUCCAAAUCUUCACUACUCAACAAUACUUCUAUUGACGGUAAUAAAACUCUUCGUUCAAGAGUAAUCAAUUUAUCAUCGUCUAUUGAUAACUCAAUUAAAAUUAAACCCAAAAAUAAAAGAAAAAACAAUACUAAAAAUAAUUCAGAGAUGGAUAGACGGCAGAGUGAUAUAUCGUUUUCUUUGGGAUCGGAGAAACAGAAAUCCGCGCCUAAAAAGAAUUUAACACGAAAUUGCGCCGAAUUUUUUAAAGGUAAAACUUAAGUAAAUAUGUAUGUUUCUAAUAUUUUAAGAAUUAUGUUAAAUUAUGUAUUUAAAAAUCGCCUCUUCUGACAUCGCCGUGUCCCGAAUCCGUUACCAGCGCCGGUUGCUGCAUUGGCUGCUGAUUUGAACUUUGAUUCAUCCUCUAUCACUCUAUCUAUUAAAAAAAAACCGCAUGAAAAUCGGUUGCGUGGUUUUGAAGAUUUAACGAACAGAGAGACGUAGGAUAUAGGGACAUAGGAAUAGAAAAAGUGACUUUGUUUUAUACUAUGUAGUGAUAAUCAGUAUAUUAUUUUUUGCUCAGAAAAGUCGUGGUGGCCUAGUGGGUAAAGGACCAACCUCUCAAGUAUGAGGGCGC